AUGUCGACGCAUGGGCCCAUAAAUGGUGUCAAAAUAUCACCCAUUGAUGAUCCUACGAAGGUCGUAAAGGUCGUAGCCUCCGAUGGAAAGACGGGCGAUCAUCGGGAGAUAUCCUACAGCCAUUGCAAAGUCAUCGGCAAUGGCUCCUUUGGAGUCGUUUUCCAGGCCAAGAUAGUUCCCGCACCCAAAGAGGGAGAGGAUAUUGCUAUCAAGAAAGUUCUGCAGGAUAAGAGGUUCAAGAACCGUGAACUUCAAAUCAUGCGACUUGUUUCGCAUCCUAAUGUCGUUGACCUCCGCGCCUUUUUCUACACCAAUGGUGAAAAAAAGGACGAAGUUUAUCUCAAUCUCAUGCUCGAAUACGUUCCCGAAACUGUAUAUCGUGCUAGUCGCCACUACACGAAGCUGAAGCAACCAAUGCCCAUGCUCCAAAUCAAAUUGUACAUGUAUCAACUCCUCCGUUCUCUUGCCUACAUUCAUUCGGUCGGCAUAUGCCACCGAGAUAUCAAACCUCAGAAUUUGCUACUCAAUCCGGCCACUGGAGUUCUCAAGCUUUGUGAUUUUGGAUCCGCCAAGAUACUUGUCGCUGGCGAGCCUAAUGUCAGUUACAUCUGUUCAAGAUACUAUCGAGCUCCCGAACUUAUUUUCGGUGCGACCAACUAUACCACCAACAUCGACAUUUGGUCUACCGGUUGUGUGAUGGCAGAGUUGAUGCUCGGCCAACCCUUGUUUCCUGGGGAAAGUGGUAUCGACCAGCUAGUGGAAAUCAUCAAGAUUUUGGGCACACCGUCAAGGGAGCAGAUCAAGACGAUGAACCCCAAUUACAUGGAGCACAAGUUCCCACAAAUCAAGCCUCAUCCGUUCUCGAAAGUAUUCCGGCCACGUACUCCUCCCGAGGCCAUCGAUUUGGUUGCUAAACUUUUAGAAUACACACCAGGGGCUCGGCUUAGCUCAGUCGAGGCCAUGGUCCACCCGUUCUUUGACGAGCUACGGGUUGAAGGAGCAAGGAUGCCAAACGGGAAAGAAUUUCCUCCUCUCUUCAACUUUACUCGUGAAGAAUUAUCUGUGCGACCAGACUUGAUGCGACGACUUGUGCCUUCGCACUGCGAGCCAGAGCUGGCGUCACGGAACAUAGUGCUGGACAACUUUGUACCUAUACCAUUGGAGCAGAUGAAGAUAACGUUGGACUGA